AUGAUGGUGAAAAAGAGCUCUGAUGUGGUGAAGGAAGACAGAGAAGUCCUCCUGGACCUGGACAGCAGGGGUGAAGCCCAAACCACAGACGGCUACGGCAGCCUGCAGAACGGGAGCUUCAUCCCCCCUCGAUACCUUUCUGCUGCAGCUGCCGAUGGAGGUCGUCAUGGCGAUGAUGCGGUCGUUAUGCACAGCAGUACAAAUAACCAACCAGUUUCCCAGCUGGAGAACUACUUCAGAGAUGGAAGAACUAAAAUAGACUUCGUGCUGGUGUGGGAGAUCCGAUCACGGAGGAAGCGGCGAGGGAAGGGGAAAAGUGAGGUGGUCUGUGGAGAGGGGGAACUCCUUCCCCCUGAGGAGAGCAGCAGAUCCGAGCGAAGGAAAGCACAGCUGGCUCAGUGGAGAGAGAAGUUUGUUCAGAAUCUGGAAAGUGCUGGACUGCUCAUGGAAAAGGAGGAAACCGCAAACGAGAAGAAGACGAUUCACUUUCUUAAAAUCAGUGCCCCCUGGGAUGUUCUGGUUUAUUAUGCUGAAGAACUGUCUCUUCGAGCUCCACUGCAGGCUCAGCAACAUCUGGACCUGAACACAUCUGCUGGGGUGCUAAACAGACUCUAUAUACCCAACGCCAUGAUGGAGUCGGUGCCAAACAGGCCGCUGGACUACUACACCUGUGCCUUUCGCAAGUCCAAGAUGAGCAGAUUUCUUGGCUCUGAAGACCGUGAGAUGUACUUCACGAACACACAGAGACACCGUAUCGUUUAUGAGGUUUUAGCUCAGACGGUUUACGGCAAAAGGAAGAAGGCUGAGGUUGGUGUGGAGCGGCUGCUGAGUGAAGGCGCCUACACUGCAGCGUAUCCUCUGCACGAGGGACCUUUUCAGCUGCCGAGUUACCAGAUCCGUCCUGACGAGCUGAACCAGAGGCAGGUUCUGUUCUACUACUGGGCCCGCUGGUGCAAAUGGUACAAGUACCAACCGCUGGACCACAUCAGGGAGUACUUCGGAGAGAAGAUUGCACUCUACUUUGCAUGGCUGGGUUUCUACACAGCCUGGCUGCUGCCGGCAGCUGUGGUGGGAACCCUGAUCUUUGUGUCUGGAGUCAUGACCAUGGGGGCCAACACACCAGCUGAGGACAUUUGUAAGAGUGGAGCUAAUUACCUGAUGUGUCCACUCUGUAAAACAUGCAUGGCCUGGAACAUGUCUGAGAUCUGCACCAUGGCUAAGUUGGGGUACCUGUUUGACCACCCAGGUACCGUGUUCUUCAGCGUGUUCAUGUCCUUCUGGGCUGUAACCUUUCUGGAGUACUGGAAACGAAAGAUGGCGACUCUGGCUCAUCACUGGGACUGCAUGGACUUCCACGAGGAAGAGGAGCGUCCCCGGCCAGAGUUUGCUGCCACGGCCCCGAUGAUGGAGCAAAAUCCCGUAACGGGGGUCAAAGAACCCUACUUUCCAGAAAAGACGAGGCUGUCCCGUAUGUUCACCGGCUCCAUGGUCAUCAUACUGAUGCUUUGUGUGGUGAUGAUCUUCCUGGUGACAGUAGUGGUGUGCCGUGGGAUCAUCAGCGUGAUGAUGUACCAUACGGGGAGUCCUGUGCUGCGAACAGAGGCAGGGACUAUAGCCAACAUCUCCAGCAGCGUCGUAAACCUGGGCCUCAUCCUGCUGAUGGGGCAGGUUUAUACUGCAUUAGCUGAGCAGCUCACCAAAUGGGAAAUGCACCGAACUCAAACCCAGUACGACAACGCUUUCACCUUCAAAGUCUUCAUCUUCCAGUUUGUCAACUUCUACUCGUCUCCGUUCUACGUGGCUUUCUUCAAAGGAAGGUUUGUGGGUUAUCCUUCAAACUACGGAACGUUGUUUGGGAUGAGAAAUGAAGACUGUGGUCCUGGUGGUUGCCUCAUCGAACUGGCUGAGCAGCUUUUCAUCAUAAUGGUGGGGAAGCAGCUCAUCAACAACGUCCAGGAGUUUAUUUUACCUAAAAUUAAGGCCUGGCACCAGAAGAGAGGUUUUGCCAACGUCCAGGGUGAUGAAGCGUCCCACGAGCCUCGGCGCUGGGAGGAAGACUACAAACUGGUGCAGAGUGGGGGCCUGUUUGAAGAGUAUCUGGAAAUGGUGCUCCAGUUUGGGUUCAUCACCAUUUUUGUGGCAGCGUUCCCACUCGCGCCGCUCUUCGCCCUCCUGAACAACUGGGUGGAGGUGCGUCUGGACGCGCACAAGUUUGUGUGCGAGUACCGGCGACCUGUGGCGGAGCGUGCGCAAAACAUCGGCGUCUGGUUCAACAUACUGGAAGCCUUGUCUCACCUGUCGGUCAUUGCCAACGCUUUCCUCAUAGCUUUUACGUCUGAUUUUUUACCUCGCCUGCUCUACCAGUACAAGUUUGAUAACGAUCUCCAUGGAUACGUUAACUUCACUUUGGCCUACGCCCCACUAAAUUACACUGAUUACCCCAUGUGCAGAUACAAAGCAUUCAGAGACAACUACGGAAACUACACACUCUUCUACUGGGAGCUCCUUGCAGUCAGACUUGGUUUUAUUAUUGCAUUUGAGCAUGUUGUGUUCUUCGUACUGCGAGCCAUUGACUGGAUUGUACCUGAUGUCCCCGAGUCCCUGGAGCUGAAGGUGAAGAGGGAGCACUAUCUAGCAAAGCAAGCACUGGCUGAAAACCAGGAGGCCCUGCUGCAAGCGACGCGUCCUGUGGAAUCAUGA